AUGGCUUUGGGCACUGAAAAUCUAGUCUCGAUGCUGGCCAGGGAUGAGAGCACCCGUAGUUGGCUACUGCCGAUACUGACCUUCCAGUGGAACCUGAUUAUGCCGAUCGCCACAAUGAUACUGUCGAUCGCGUUCACCCGUUCCCAUAGCGCCGGUGGCCUGACGUGGACCCAAGCGGUCACUUUCUACCCGUAUUGGCCCGAAUGGACCAAAUCCCUGUCCACUGUGUUUCAGAUCACACCACUGUUUCUGGUAUUCUUCGUGGGAUCCGUUCAACUCGUCAUUUAUUUAUAUCCCAAACAGUCUUCAGGACUCUUCCACGAGAGGAUACAAGCCUUAUUUUGUCCGACACUAACGUCGUUCAUAUCGGAUACCGGGGCUGAGGGUUCACUAAACACCGGCUAUGUGACCGAUGACCCGCCCCCUAAGUACGAGCCCCCGCCCUCCUACUCGACGGCCACCGCCCGCCAGUUGGUCCACCAGAUUAGGGGUCGACUCACUCCCAGCGGUUCCAUA